AUGGCAACAGUAACCACAAUUGCUACUGACAAUCAUGAUUCCAGGUAUAAAAUCUUUAUCACUUUUGUGGUCUCUACAAUAGACUGUGUCAUUGGCAUCACUGGCAAUGGCUUCAUCACAGUCAUCUAUGGGACUGAAUGGGUCAGGAGCAAAAGAUUCCCGACUGGUGACCAACUUAUGUUGAUGCUGAGUUUUUCUAGGCUCUUGUUUCAGAUUUGGCUAAUGGUAGAUGUUACUUAUAGUCUAUUCUUCAGGAUCAUUUAUAACCAAAAUUUUGUAUAUAGACUCUUCAAAGCCACCACCGUGUUUCUGAGCUAUUGUAACCUCUGGGUUGCUGCCUGGCUCAAUGUCUUCUAUUGUCUUAAAAUUGCAAACUUCACUAACCCUUUGUUCCUUAUGAUGAAGCGGAAAAUCAUAGUGCUGAUGCCUCAGCUCACGAGUCUGUCAGUGUUGGUUUCCUUCAGCUUGAGCUCCUUCUUCUCAAAAGACAUCUUCAAUGUGUAUGUGAACAAUUCUGUUCCCAUCCCUUCCUCCAACUCUACAAGGAAGGAGUACUUCUCUGAGACCAAUGUGCUCAGCCUGGCUUUUUUAUAUUAUAUGGGGAUCUUCAUUCCAUUGAUCAUGUUCAUCAUGGCAGCCACUCUGCUGAUUGUCUCACUCAAGAGGCACACCCUGAACAUGGAAAACAGCACCACAGGCUCCAGGGACUCCAGCAUGGAGGCUCACUUGGAUGCCAUCAAGUCAACCACCUACUCUCUCAUUCUCUAUAUUAUCAACGCACUGGCUCUAUUUAUUUCCAUGUUAAGCAUCUUUGAUACCUACAGUUUCUGGAACACUCUGUGCAACUUCAUCCUAACUGGUUACCCAGCUGGCCAGUCAGUGUAUCUGAUAUUGAGAAACCCAGGGCUGAGAAGAACCUGGAGGCGGUUUCAGCACCAUGUCCAUCUUUACUUUAAAAGGUAG